AUGGGUCACUCAUACGGAAAGCGUGCGGGCACCCGCUAUGCCUUCAGCAGGGAUUUCCGCAAGAAGGGUAUGAUCCAGCUGAGCACCUACCUGCGCCAGUACCGCGUCGGUGACAUUGUUGAUAUCAAGGUCAACGGUGCCGUUCAGAAGGGUAUGCCCUACAAGGUCUACCACGGAAAGACUGGUGUCGUCUACAACGUCGCCAAGUCGGCCGUCGGUGUCAUCAUCUACAAGAAGGUCUGGGGCCGCUACAUCGAGAAGCGCAUCAACGUCCGCAUCGAGCACAUUCGUGUCUCCGGCUCCCGUGACGACUUCCUGAAGCGCGUCAAGGAGAACGCCCAGAAGAAGAAGGACGCCCGCGCCCAGGGCAUCACCGUCGAGGUCAAGCGCCAGCCCGUCCAGCCCCGUGGCGCCCACACUGUAUCCCUGACCGACAACCCGCCCGAGACCCUCACCCCCCUUCCCUACGAGACUACGAUUUAA